AUGUUCCCUCGAGUCUCUCCUCUCCUCCGGUUCUCUCUCCCUUUACCUUCUUCAAUGGCGCGUAACAUUUCUUCUCGCGCCGCCACCGGCGCUUUCCCCAUUGUUGCCCUCGCCGCCGCCGCCCCUCACUCGCCUUCCAACGUUCAGUUCUUCACUCCGUCCAACUCCUUCGCUUCCCCCUCGUUCCGCUUCACGACCAGAUGCUUCCACGCCGGAUUCGUCAAGCCGAUUGAAACCGGGGUUUGGGCGGCCGGCGGGCAGAGAGGGUAUCGGAAAGUGAGGAGACGCGCCACCGCAAAGAGCAAGCAGAAGGAGCUGGAGCUCAGCGUUAGCAUUUGCAUUGAGGAUGACCUCCCCGAUAAUGAUUCUGAAAUCCUGAGUAUAGCAGAGUUGCUCCGCCUGAACGCGCCCAUGGCGUUGAAGUUGGCACUGGAUGGCCUGAAAGACUCGCCCUGCAAAACUCGAGAUACUGUUAUCACAGAUGUUGGUGGCUACGAGAGCAUCGAGUUGUCUGUCAUGCUUUGCAAUGACAGCUUCAUCCGUAAGCUCAACAAAGAAUGGAGGGAUGAAGACAGUGCUACUGACGUUCUCUCCAUGUCGCAGCAUGUUGCUCAGCUUAAUCUCCCGAUUCUUAUGCUGGGUGACAUUGUAAUUUCUGUGGAGACGGCUGCAAGACAAGCUGAAGAAAGAGGUCAUACACUUCUUGAUGAAAUCCGUAUUCUCAUGGUCCAUGGGUUGUUGCAUUUGCUAGGAUUUGAUCACGAGAUUAGUGAAGAAGCUGAAACCGAGAUGGAGAAAGAGGAGGAAGUUCUUCUAAAGAGUCUUGGAUGGGCGGGAAAAGGACUAAUUCAAAGUGCAUAUGAGUCCUACGAUCAAGCUAAUUCUGAUUCAGAAAUUUUGGAUGACAGGAAGAAAGAAGGGAGUCUCCGCUUCUAUAAACCAAAAUUCAAGUACAUCUUCUGUGACAUGGAUGGGACAUUGCUUAACAGCAAAAGUCAACUUUCAACCACAAAUGCAAAUGCAUUGAAAGAAGCUAUGUCAAGAGGAGUGAAGGUAGUGAUAGCAACUGGAAAGGCUCGCCCUUCUGCAAUAAAUAUCUUAAAGACUGCUGGCUUAGCUGAUAAAGAUGGUAUUGUUUCAGAGUUAUCCCCUGGUGUUUUCCUUCAGGGGUUGCUUGUGUACGGUAGGCAGGGGCGAGAGAUCUUCAGAAGAAAUUUAGAUCCAAGUGUCUGCAGAGAGGUGUGCCGGUAUUCUUUGGAGCAUAAGGUUCCCCUAAUUGCAUUCAGCAACGAUCGUUGCCUAACGCUGUUUGAUCACCCCCUUGUUGAAUCGCUGCAUACAGUUUACCAUGAGCCGAAGGCAGAAGUCAUGCCUUCAGUCGAGGAUCUCGUAGCUGCAGCUGACAUACAAAAACUUUUAUUCAUAGACACGGCUGAUAGAGUAGCUACUGAGCUGAGGCCGUACUGGUCAGAAGCAGCAGGAGGUCGCGCCAGUGUAGUCCAAGCUAUCCCACAUAUGCUUGAGAUCGUUCCUGUGGGAACAUCGAAAGGGAGUGGGGUGCAAAUUCUUCUUGAUCAUUUGGGUGUGAAAGCCGAGGAGAUAAUGGCCCUUGGCGACGGGGAGAACGAUAUCGAGAUGCUGCAAUUGGCUUCUCUUGGCAUUGCUCUCAGCAAUGGCGCCGAGAAGACGAAAGCUGUCGCCAACGUAAUUGGUGCCAGCAACGACGAAGAUGGGGUAGCUGAUGCCAUCUAUCGGUAUGCAUUUUGA